AUAAAAGCAACCUCGCUUCAUUUAUCACAGAACACAGAAUCACAACAGAACUUAAGGAAGUCUUUUCUGCAAGUGCAACUGAGCGGAUGGAUUAUCUCUUGUUUUCUUGCCAGGAAGGGAUCAGUUUUCCUGUAACCAUAGAAACCACUCGUGGGAAGUAGGUGGCAGGGAAAAGACGGGGUACUUUAUGGAAGCAGAUGGGAAAACGGCAAACAAUCAUCUUCGGUCUGAUUGAAGAUGUGAGACCUCUCCCAGGACUUUGAGCCUUGUUAGCGCCUCCUACAGCCAACCGAUGAUGGAUUUAUUCGGCAGAGGAGAACUGGGGCUGCUGGGAGGAGGGGAAGGGCUGAAAGAUGAUGUGGGAGUUCCCGGAAUCAGCUGGUCAGCCAAUCAUCUGCUGGAUGAUAUGUAUCCAGCCUCAGGAUUGGCUCUGGCUGCUGCUUAUCAUGACAUCAAAACCCGACUGGCCAGUUUGGAGAGAGAGAACAGCAGCAUCAAGAGGAAGCUGAAACACUACGAGGUCAAGUUCCCUGUGAUUGAUGACUUUGGUGGGGAAAAAAUUCUGUGCCACUCCUGUGAGCCGCUCCUGAACGACAAAAGUCUCCUCCAGUCAGAAACCACCAAUUUACAACAAAGGAUAAACUCGCUCACUCAGGAACUGCAGAAGAGUAAGGAGCGAGAGGAGAGGUUGGCUGAAGUCAUUGAGGCUUAUGAAAAGAUUCAUCUGGAGAAAAGUAAUGUCCAGCGAGAGCUCGACAAAAUGACGACUCUGGCGGAGCAGCACGUGGAGCGGAUCCACAGUCUGGAAUCUGUUCUGAGACAAAGAGAAAAUUCUUUGCAAAAGCUCAGUGCUCAGCUCCGCAGCAAAGAUGCACAUCGGCCUCAAAGCUAUGCCAACCUCAACGUGCCCAGAGGCCGUGGGCCGACGCUACAGAGCUCCCGGAGUCUGGACGCCCUGUCAGAUUUGAAGCUACAGCGACUGGAGGCGGAGCUAGAGGGGGCGCGUCACCAGGCAGAGGGGGCGUGUCACAGGGAGAAGGAAUUGAGGGCGGAGCUUCAGAGGCUGCAGCUUGAAGUUGGACAGUUCCGGGAAAAACGGAGACAGGCACAGGAAGUGAUGUCACACUGUGAGCACUGCGACGUGGAGUGGAUAAAGAAAGCCGGAGAUGAACAGGUAAACUUGGCAUUGGCCUACACGGAGCUAACAGAGGAGUUAGGUCGUCUUCGUGAUCUGGCAGCCAAGCAGACUGACCUUCUGCGACAAACCUCACAAGAGUCUGUCACUCGUCCCCUCUCAGCUCCUCAGCGUCUCUCACCCACCUCACCCCAGCGCCACCCGUCCCUCUCCCCCGAUAGACUUCUUCCUACUGCCUCGCCUCCAGUAUCUCCAAGUAAUGGACCCGCUUCCUACUCCCAUCAGCCAACUAGCAGCCGCCUUCGAGCAAAAUUCCAGGGUCGGAGAAGUUACUCUGAGGUGUCAGACCCGUCAGCUGUCCAGUGGCCCCCCGUGCGCCUGAUUCGGGACUUGGUAUCAACCCUCCCCAAGCCUCGCCCCCUGCUAGGGGAGACUCAGGGUUACACUCAGAACAAACCUCAGCUCCGUGCCUCCAUUGUGGGUCUGGUUCGGCCGGCGUCAGCCCACGGAGCCGGAGGAGAGCGAGGAGGAGGAGGGGGAGGAGAGAGAGGAGGGGGGAGCAGUCUCAGCAGUAGCCCCCAUCAUCGAGGUCUGGACCUUGGCUUCCCUCUGCCCACAGAGGUAUGUCAUUUCCAUCACCAUGACAGCCCACCUGAGCCCACGCCGUUGGUGACACCACCGCAGUCAUCUGAUGAUGAAGAGGAUGUGUGUACAUAUCUAUCGCCUGCUGCUAGCCCACCUCAGACGUUAGGUGCAACUGGCAUUAGCUCGUCGUCACCACGGGAAAAGCCAGCACUGCACCCCUCGUUCCCGUCACCAAGGAAACAACCCAACCAUCCCUCGUUCUCUGCCCCUGAGGGCCCGACCACGCUGUCCUGCCAUCUGCCCGCCUAUCUGAAUGCUACCCACGCUCAGUCCUGGCCCUCAAUUAAUCUAUGGAUGGAGUCAGAAGAGAGCGCCGCGCGCAACUGUCCGUUAUGUCAGCUGACCUUCCCCACCGGUUACCCUGACGACGCCCUCAUCAAACACAUAGACUCCCACCUGGAGAACAGCAAGAUUUGACUGUUGUGGUUUGACCAUAGACUGUAUAUAUACUGGACAGAGCCUGCUUGACAUCAUCCAUUGGUUUUCUAUAGAGACCCACAAGAGCCAAAAUGACCCCUUUUCUGGGCAUGGCCAUGUUGAGAGCCCCGGCCUUCACUGAUUCACGAUGAACUCAUUAAUGCAUAAAGGGGUGGAGCAUAGAAAGCCCAAACACGCCCCUCUCUCCGAGUCCAAACCAGCAGCUAACCUCGGUUUGGGUGUUUAUUAAUUCAUACUUUUGGGGACUGUGCAGUGGUUCUCAUAACGGUUUACUUUGGUGUGGACAGUGAAAGUUAUCUGCCGCAUACUUCGUUAUUAAUCAUGCAUUAAGUGCACCUACCAACAGCUGCUCAAAGUGCUAACACCAUUAGCAUACAGUAUUAAAUAAAAUGACAGUUUGACUCGGCAUCAAUAUUGCAACGGACGUCGUAGAUGAUCCGUUAGGACAUUUCACC